AUGGCAUCGUCUCAGGCCACUCCUGCCUCUGCGCCCUCGAUUUCGGACCAGCCUAUUACUGGGACGUCUCUGGAUUUCUUCCUCUUCUUCAAAGCCACAUAUCCUGACGAGGACACCCAGAAUGUCACUGGCGGAUCACGGAAGCGUAAAUCCAGGGGUAUGGUGAUGUAUCGAUGUCUCCAUUGCCCUGCCGAUAAGCCCUGGGCGAACCGGAAGCGGGAUAACGCAUGGCAUCAUGCCCGGCGGUGCCAUGCCGAUAUUAUCUCUUGUAUCGAUCGCACUCUCAUUGAGGGCAGUUCUGAGGUCCUAGAUGAUGAGAGGGAAGCUAAACGUCCUCGGAUUGAUGCUUUCUUUCCAUCUCGUUACUCGGAUGUCUCUCUCCGCCGUAUUUUCGACCGCGAUCGAUAUUUAGACGCAAUAAUCAGCUUAAUUACGCGUCGGCGGCUUGCCUUCUCAGCGAUUGCCUGGGAUGAGAUGCAAGAGAUUAUGCUAGCAGCUAAUCCUGCUAUAGAGGACCUUUUAGUGACGAACCGAAGUGCUCUGAUGCGGCUAAUUGAUGCUACGUAUGAAUUAUAUUCUUCCCAGCUCAUGGCAACUCUGGAAACUGCUGUCUCAAAGAUUCAUAUCUCCUCUGAUCUCUGGGCAUCACCACAUCGCCAUGGGAUACUCGCCAUCUCUGCGCGAUGGGUGGAUGAGAAUUAUCAGCCACGAAGAGCACUGCUAUCGAUGCCAGAGUGUCGCUAUAGUCAUGGUGGUGAAACCCAGGCAUCUCUAAUCAUCGACACACUGGCAAAGUACGGCAUUGCAUCUAAAGUGGGCUACCAUGUAGGGGAUAAUGCCUCUUCAAAUGAUACCUGCUUGUCUUAUCUGUCUCACCGGUUACGAGAAGACUAUGGAUUGUCGUUUGAUCCUGUAAAGGGCCGCAUCCGCUGUGUGGCCCAUACUAUUAAUAUAUCUCUCCAGGCAUUCCUUCUCGCGUCUUCAAAGGAGGCACUAAUCGCAGCUCUUAACGCCGUCGAUGAUACCUCAAACGACCAGCUAUUUGCACAUGCGGUCCGCAUUCUUGUUGGGCUUCUCCACAAUGGCGAGAUUGAUGUAGCACUGUUCCAUAGACAGAGACUCGCCGGAGAGCCGCUCAAUCUUAAGCCUCUCAUCGGUGUAGUAUUUGUCGCGUAUCCAGGCGUCCGCUUUUUGAAGCCAGGUUCCAUCACGAAUCUUCUGGACAAUGCCUUCAAUUUUGUCAGCGACAAGUUGAUAAUCUUUACAGUUAGCGCCGCCAAACUUGUUCAUUUGGACGUGGGUUCGUUCGAGCCGCAGACCUCCUCCGUGGCCUUGCAGACUUGCCGAGUUCUCCAGCUGGUGGCUGUUAGCACCGUAGCGGAUCCCACUGCGGGGGACCAGACGGGUGGGGCUGGUGAGCUCCGCGAUGCCGAAACGAUCGAUGCGGGCGGUGAAGCCGACCGCGAAGGCAAUGGAGAUCAACCGGAUGCCAAAGGAUGCCGAGAAACGAACGACUAA